GGUUCAGAUGGAUUAUACUCCAUGCAGCCCUCUGGGUUGAGACCAGUAAACAGGCGAGAGUUGAGGGGGGAAAGUUCCCGGGGUGGAUCCUGCGCGCACACACGCACACGCACGCACACGCACACACGCACUCGCACUCGCACACUCGCACUCUGCCCGCGAGCUGCCCUCGGAAAAAGCUCCGCUCCUUUCGCUCCGAUCCCUUUUUAAAAAUUCUCCGAAAAGUUUCGAUUUCGCGGCUCUCCAGCCUCCCCCCCCCCACACCCGCCACCGCAACCACCACGUCCCCUCCGCCCCCUCCCCCCGGCCGGUCCCCGCUGCCCUCCCCGGCACGGCUUGGGGCAUGCCUGCGAGCAUGUUCAGCAUCGACAACAUCCUGGCCGCCAGACCUCGCUGCAAGGACUCGCUCCUGCUGCCCCCGAGCGCCGCGCCCGUCGUCUUCCCCGGCCUCCACGGGGACUCGCUCUACGGCGGCGCCUCCGACUACGGCGGAUUUUACUCGCGGGCGGUGGCACCCGCCUCCAGCCUGCCGGCGGUCAGCGGAUCGAGGAUCGGCUACAACAACUACUACUACGGGCAGCUGCAUGUGCAGGCGGCCCCCGUGGGCCCCUCGUGCUGCGGCGCCGUGCCGCCCCUCGGCGCCCAGCAGUGCUCCUGCGUCCCCGCCGCAGGUUACGAGGGCACCGGCUCGGUCCUGAUGUCCCCUGUUCCCCACCAGAUGUUGCCCUACAUGAACGUGGGCACUUUGUCCCGGACGGAGCUGCAGUUACUGAACCAGCUGCACUGCAGGCGAAAAAGACGGCACCGGACCAUCUUCACUGACGAGCAGCUAGAAGCUCUGGAAAACCUCUUCCAGGAAACGAAAUACCCAGACGUGGGCACCAGGGAGCAGCUGGCCAGAAGGGUGCAUUUAAGAGAGGAGAAAGUGGAGGUUUGGUUCAAAAACCGCCGGGCGAAAUGGAGGAGGCAAAAGCGAUCAUCUUCGGAGGAGUCAGAAAACGCGCAAAAAUGGAAUAAAGCGUCCAAAACGUCUCCGGAGAAGAGGCAAGAAGAAGGGAAAAGUGACUUGGACUCCGACAGCUGAUGCCCGCGCAGAGGGGACAUUUCCCGUGGACUGUAGGAUAUGCUCCGGAGGAUGCGACUGUCUUGCACAAGCUCUGCCUUGUCGGAGGGGGAAAAAAUAUAUAUCUGUAUAUACUGUACAUUGGCCCGCGCUGAUUUCGUGUAAAUAAAAUGUGUUGCGGAGGGUUGCACAGGUAGACGGCGGCGCGUUUCUCUGUCCGGCCGCGGUUCCGCCGCCGCGCUGCACGGGGCGGCGCGGCCUCCCCUCCGCGGUUAGCUGCGUAACGGGGCGCUGAACGGCCUGCGAGGCGGCGGGUGACACGCUGCAAACGGUUUGUAGCCCGUUACCCGCUAACUGCGGGUGAGAAACGGGGGGUGGCUUUUCACCAAGGCCG